AUGGCAAACAUGAAGACUAAGUUUAUGGCUUUAUGGGAUGGGUUUUCUACUGAUCUGAAUGCGAGGGUGAUGGUACUUGCUGCAACAAACAGACCAUCAGAGCUUGAUGAAGCAAUAUUGAAGCGUCUUCCUCAAGCCUUUGAGAUUGGAAUGCCUGACCGUAAGGAGAAAGCUGGAAUAUUUAAAGUGGUGCUGAAAGGAGAAAGGGUGGAGCCCGAUAUUGACUACCAUCACGUAGCUCGUCUAUGCGAAGGCUACAUCGGGUACCUAGGCUAUUGUCACAGUUGGAUUUGGAGAAAGUUGUUGAUUGGAUUUGGAGAGAGUUCUUGCUACGUCGAAGAAGACGCAAGUUACAGAAGGCGAGUAUUGUGGGUUGAGAGAGGGUCAAGGGAACCAGAUGAGGUGGAGGCAGCUAUAAGUGGAAUCUCGAAGCUACUGGUCUCUCAGUUCAUUAACCUUCAGUCUGGUUCUCAGGAUAAAACUAUUCAUAGACAAAGGAAGAAGACGGAGGAGAAGCACGAGUUGGAGGAGGAAAUUGGCGGCUCUUAG